GUUUAUGUAGCGGAAAGACGUUGAACCUAGACCGUGGAACCAGUGGAACCGUGAAUCGCUUGUGUGUACAUGAUUGAGGCACGCGUUCAAUUGUAAAGACUAUUGUUUUUUCAGAAUCUCUAGCAUAGCGUUUCCAGUCUUUCCCUGAGGCCGUUAGAACCAGUAUUAAACGUAUUGAUGGCAAGCGGGAAGGUUCUCUGGACACGGAAUAAGAACGAAGAUGACGAAAUAUGGGACGAUACGGAGAUGAUAGCAGCAUACGACCGUGCGAUGUCAAAAAUCAAGGCGGAGAUGUCGAGACGUGACAAACAACGAUCAGGUGAAACGUCAGCCAAUAAAGAAGUCCAGAACGCUCGUGAAUGGAAACAAGGAGACUACUGUAGAUGCGUUUAUUCUGGCGACAAUGUGACGUACGAAGCCAAGAUAAAAUGCAUCAAAGGGGAACACUGCACAGUACACUACAUAGGGUACGGAAAUGAGGAGUGCAUUCAGCUGUCAGACUUGUCCCCAUCCGAAGGCAAAAAGGCGAGACAGGUCCAGCAAGCAAGAGCAAGGAGUGCCGUUCACACGUCUAGCUCCAAUCACAGUCCGAAGCAUUCUCCUAUGGACUUUCCAAGUUUAGGCUCACUAAAGCGUUCACCACACCAGCACAGUUGGAACCACUCACCAAAGUCAUAUCCUGACAUGAUGAGACCACAAGGCAUACUCCCGCCUCCACCUCCAGUCUUUGACGGCAGUGUAAGAGACGACGAGGCCCUCGCAUCCAUGCUCAUGUCGUGGUAUAUGAGUGGAUAUCACACUGGAUAUUACCAGGCAAUGAUGCACUCCAAAACCAGCAGCCAACAUCAGGGCCAUCACAGCUAUAGCUGACAAUGCAAUAAAACGCUCUUUCUUUUUCUAUA